UUGAAAAUUUAACGGCAAUUCUGAAUGAUCAAUUUGCACCCAGUAACGACGAUAUCGGGACCAUUGUAAACGAAUAUGCAUAUGAUAUAUUCUCAAACGUGCAACGAUAUUUAAAUAGUCACAAUCUUAGCAGCUUACCACUACCAAAUACUCUGUUAAAGCUGAGACCGUCAGGAACGUUGAACUUAACUGCGGGAUAUUUGAAGGGUAUUAAUUCUACAGAAGCUAGGAAGGAUAUUAUGGUGAUAUACGCGUCGAGUUCUAAGAAAUUAUGGUUAGAAUUGCCCUUGACAUUUACAAAUUUACAGUUUAUCUACGAUUACCAUACUGAAGUAUUUUUUAUUAAUAUUCACGGAAGCGUAACCGGGAACGUUAAAAAUAUUAAAAUUAAUGCCUUGAUAAGUUUAGAUUUCAACUCUUACGAAGGUUUUCUUGAUCAAUACAAUGUUGUAAAAUCAGGGUGUGUUGAUAUGAAGUACACCGAUAUUCCUACCGUUGAUUCAGUAACAAACUCUAUGACAAUAGCUCUUCAAACCCAUUUCGGUGGAAAAACUAUGAAAAUGAUUGCCAAAUUUAUGAAAGAAACCUUACAGAAUUUAAUAGAUAAGUACAACGAAACUAUGAACGUUGUUUUGCAAUAAGUCUUAAGUUAGGUCAACAAAACUUUGUACAUUGUUUUGCAAUAAAAUAUUUUAUAAAAAAAUAUAGUUUGUAUUAUUCUUAGUAUAAUCCUUAACCCACAUCGACCUUACUGUUUAUAUGAUGAAUUCGUGUAAAUAUCGAUCUAACACUCUUACUUAGUUACACAGUUUUUGGUGCAAAAGUAUCACAAGUUUUCACUACAGUAGGUGCAUUAUGAAUGAAGACGAGAUUAAAAAUACCGUCGAAUUUCCCAAAGAAAUUUCUUUGCGUUUGUUGGAAAACGUGAUUAAAGAAGUAGUAACUUCUUUAGAGGACUUGAAACAGUCUCACAGUUGGACAAAUUAUGAUAUUAAAGACCUUAUUUACAAAUCCCUAGAUGAGAGAUUUGGUGGAUUAAUUGAUCACGAUGGAGAAGGUACAAGUACUAUACCCGCUUAUGGUUUUCUGGAGACAAUAUUUAAUAAUCUAUUAGAAGAAUUGGAGAAAGAACAAUCCUUUGAUAAAUUCAUAAAGAAUAUAAGCGUUCUCAUUCAAAUGGAUAGCGACGAAAAAAUCCUUCUGGAAACCGUUGCAAACAAGCAAUCUGAAGUAAAUGAACUGCAACUUGCUAUAGAAAACGACAAAAAUGAAUCAGUGGAUAAAAUAGUCAAUUCAAUGGAAGAAAUUGGAAGAAUUAAAGACGAAAUAGAAAAUUUAUGCAUUGAAAGUAAAAUCAAACUGGCUUAUGUUAAAUCAUGGCAAAAUUCAAAAAUCGAAAUGAGAAACGUUGUACUAUCGAGCGAAUUGCAAAAAAUAGAAGAAAAAAUCCAGCAAUACAAGUCUAAAAUAGACAUAGAAAACCAAGUUCAUGGAGAUUUUAUGAAAGCUGUAACCGAAAUACAACAAGAACUACAGGAGCAAAUCGUAGAUUGGGAGAGGAAGUAUGACGAAUCAAUGAAAUCAAUGACAGAGAAAAUUAAUAUUCUUCGUGAAAAACAAAAUGAACAAUUAAAUGAACUAGAAAAUUUGAAGGCUAAGCAUGACAAGCGCAAACAGGAAAUCCAGGAUUGGGAAAAAUACAAAAUCGAACAAGAAAAAAUUAGAUUGGAAAAGGAGAGAAUUAAUAACGCUGCCAUAAAGAUCCAGGCUUGGUGGAAAGGCACCAUGGUCAGAAAGGGCUUCGGCCGAUUUAGAAAAAAGAAAGAAAAGAAACAGAAAAAGAGCGCGGAAAAACAGAAACAACCGUUAAAAAAAUAAUUACCGACUCCUUUAACAUUAACUACGCAUUAUAUUAUAUCAACUUACAGAUUUCCAUUCGCAAAAUAAUGUCUUAUUUAAACGUAAUAAAUCAAAAACUUCACGCUCUCCUUGUUUCUCGGCGCAGUUUCUCGCAAUUAGCCAUCACAUCUUUGAACUCAGAAUGCUUGUGAACCAUAAAAUAACCUUGAAUUUGUGCCGGACUCAUGUUUGUCUCGAGCUGUGCAACUUUCUCGGCAAAUAAUUUCGCAUGUUCUGCGGCAUCCGGUUCGUCAUAAAACCUCAAAUACAUUUGUUCUAUUUGAUCUUGCGUACACCAACCUAUAUAUUCUUGCAUGUCCACCCUACCGGGUCUAAUCAGAGCCGGAUCCAACCUAAAAAAUCAAUCAUAAAUUGUGUUGUUUUUACUCAAUAGCAUGCUUAAUAAUGCUAGGUGUCCAUUUGAGAAAAAAAACCCUCGAGAGUACAUAAAUAAAUAAGUAAAAGAUCAGCCAUAUAUCUAUCGUUUAUUUAAUUACCCUUAUAGUUCCUUUACUACUCUUGAAAGGAUAUUUUAAUAUGUAUUUGUUAAAAAUUACAAAGUUAUAAAGUUAAAAGUAAAAAGGAGGUUUCUUUUGAUAUUCGGCCAGAAUUGCUCAAUUUUUUUCCGUGAAUAGUUGUACAGAAUAUUUGCUUGGUGACAAAUGCUGUAUAAUGAAUAUUUAUAUUUAAUUAUCAAUCCGUCUCAGAUGUAUCGGGGGUCCUUAAAGCCCCGAUUCUUCCGCCCAUAAUAUUUACCUAAUUUUUGAAUCGAAACUAGAUUUAUUGGCUUAUUUAAAAUAAUUUUAAACUCUUUGUAAUUUUCUAUAAAACCCACAUUUUUGGAGAUAAAUCUUAAUUUUUGGCAUUUAUACAAUUUUGAAAUUAAUUUUACAGCACCUUUUUAAUGGAUCCUAUUUCAAC